AUGCAGCUAUGCUGGUGCGGGCUCAGCAAGACGGCCCACGGGUCGAGCAUUGCGGUGGCCACGGCGGGCGAGGCCUGGGUGCCUACGAGGCACACGCAGGCAGCGCCUACGGACGCGUAUGGCACCGUCGAGUUCCAGGGCGGGCCGCAUCCAACUAAGGCACAGUACGUCCGCCUCUCCCACGACACUCGGCCCGAGCUGAUCGUCCAGCUGCUGACCAGAGAAUGGGCGCUGGACCGGCCGAAGCUGCUCAUCACCAUCCAGGGAGGCAAGGCCAACUUCGACCUACAGCCCAAGCUGAAGAAGGUCCUGAGGAAGGGCCUGCUGAAGGCCGCGAAGACCACUGGUGCUUGGAUAUUCACUGGAGGCACUAACACUGGUGUAACCCGCCAAGUAGGCGACGCUCUUCAACUAGAGCGGUCGCAGCGAGCAGGGCGGGUGGUUAGCAUCGGCAUCGCCCCGUGGGGUAUCGUGGAGGGUGCCAAUGAGCUCAUCGGGAAGGGGAGAGACGUCCCGUACCAUGCUAUCGCUUCGCCCAGAUAUGAUUGA